UCGGCCUCCAGUUUUUUUCUCCGGGCCGAGCCCAGUGCCCACGGAGCCCCGAGGCGGCGCUUCAAUGGAGAGUUGCUCGCCCUGCUUCGCCGGUGUUGACCACGACGCUGCGGGGGCGGCGCCAGCGCGGAGGAAUUGCGCCGCGCUCCUGGGCGUCCUCUUCGGCCGGCCCACGCUGGUGACCGCAUGCUGGCUGCUGAUCUGCGCCGCCCGCAGCCGCCGCGCGCCCGAGGGCGCGCCGUGGCUGGCGCAGGCCCGGGACGCCGUGCUGUUCGAGGCCUCCCUGCGGGCGGCGCGUGCCGUGGCGCUGCUGCUCCACGAGCUGGCGCACCUGCUGGCGGCCGGCGCGCUGCUGCUGCCCUCGGCGCGCCUGCGGCUGCUGGCGCCCGCGGGCCCCGAGCCGUGGCUGCGCCGCCUCGCCCGGCAGCUGCUGCCGCACCUGCUGCCCCUCGCCGCCGCGCCGGGCGCGUGCGUGGCGCUGACGCCGCGGGCGCGCAAGGCCCUGCUGGCGCGCGGCGCCGGCGCGGAGGCGAGCGUGAGGGCCGCCGGCCUGGCGGCCUCGCUGCUGCUGCCCUGCGGGCUCGGGGCGUGGCUGGGGGCGAGCCUGGGCGCCGGCGACCUUGCGGCAGUCGCCGCGCUGGCCGGCGCUCUGCUCGUGGCCGCGGGUGCGCUGCUGUCGGACCUCCCGGGCGGGCCGCUGUGGGGCCCGGCGGCCCUGCCCGGCUGCUUCUGUUGCGGCAACUGGGGCCUGCUGGUCCCGCGCGACGCGCUGCAGGAUGGGGGCGGCGCGAGCAGGGAGCUGUUCCCGGGCGUCUGCGAGAGCCUCUUGCUCAGCGUGCUGGACAUUGUGGAGAUGCGCGGCGCCCAGGCGGGGGGAGUCGCCACCUUCUUGAGCAACGGCGGCGACCAGGUGAAGGCGGUCGUGGCGCGCUCGCUCAAGACGAAGCGCGGUCGGUUGGGCACUAAGAUCUUCAAUCUGUUCCGGUCGCGUCUGCGGUGGCAGUACCGCGCUGGCCUGAUGAGAUGCCGGGAGCUGAGGGGCCUGCCCGUCGUGCUCGCACAGGGCCACUCGCGAUUCGGGACCUCCUCGGGGCCCGCAGAGGUCGAGACGCACCCGCACCAGUGGCUGGGCCCACGCUUCGAGAACGUCUGGCGGUGCGACGAGAACCACAUGUGGAGGCGCGAGCACCUAGAAGUGUGCACGACGAUCACCCACAACGGCGACUUCGACGGCUGGAAGCUGUACGACAAGGUCGUGCCCAAUGGCAUCCUGGGCCUCUUUCUGGAAAGGGCCCUGCACUGCAGCAGCGACGCAAAAGGCGAUUCUCCGAAGCUGGCCGGCAUGAUGGACCUCCUCCUCUGCCAGGGCAUGUGGCUCGCCUCCGUGCGCCUGGCGUUCGUGACCGAAGUCACGAAGCACGUCGAUGAGGUCUUCGGCUGGGAACCACCGUCUCGAGCUGCUCCCAAUCAUGUCCCGCUGCCCGCGUCCUUUGCCCGCUGGGCAGGCGUGUUCGACCGCUUCUUCGGGGAAGCGUUGCGCGCUGGCGAGUCCGACGCUCACGAGCCCACGAGUAGGGUGGGAGGGCUCAUGCACUCGAGCAUGACGGUCAAAGGACAGUUUGCGCCUACGCGGGAUGAGGUGAAGGCACUGGCUGACAAGAUCGUCGAGUUCUUCGAGCAGCCGCAAAAUGCAGCAGACAUGCAGCCUCACGGGAUCACGGGCAUCCACCUCAAGAAUUUUGUCCAGAGGGCCUGCGGGUACUUCUUCUGCAUGGACCUCCUGAGCACCGUGCAGCUCUUCUUCCAGCGUGCGGAGGGCACCUUCGGGAUCUCGGUCUCCUGCACCCUGUGGCCCGCAUCCAUCGUGCUCGCCAGCAAGGGCCAGCCCAUCUCCCUGGGCAUCGACCAGACGCGCCCGCUCGCGAUCUGGUCCUCCGAGCCGAGCAGCCUCCUGGUCGGCUGGCCGGCCCUGGACGCCCGCGGCCUCCGGACCCGGGCCGCGCGGGCGCGCUGGGACCUCAACGACGCGACCGGGGAGGCCUUGGAGCUCAGGAUUGUGCAGGGAGGCACGGCGGACCAGCACUUGGCCAAGCUGAGGGGCCCCGUGAGUCUCGGCGCGGCCGCCAGCUCGCACUUCUUCCCGAUGCCCACGCUGGACACCCAGAAAGUCAUGGACCACCACCUCCUGGUCCGCGGCGUGAGCCUGGACUCGGCCGCCAGGCCCCUCACGAUGGGCGCGUUCGUGGCGCGCUGGGUGCUGCUGCAGGCCCCCCCGCCGAGCCGGAAGCUGGGCAGCUCCCAGGGGGGGCUGGAUCCCGUGGCUCGGGACCUGCACGACGUGCCCUCCGUGCUGCAGCAGGUCGAGGACGCGUGGAAGGACCGCGCCUCGCUGAACCACCAGAGCGGCCGCAGGUUCGGCAGGUGCCUCGCGGAGCUGCUGGCGAGGAAGCGGCGCGAGGGCGGCGGCGUCGGCGACAGCAUCGACGUCCUCGUCUUCGGCAUCGAGAACAGCCUCUGGCUGGGGCAGCAGUUCGCCGCCGACCUCAAGCGCAUGAUGCCGCUGCUGAACGUCACGGCCCUGAGCUCCAACUGGCUGCUCGGCAUGCUCCAGGAGGCCCAGGGGCACCUGGAGCCGAGGAACUUCGCCAUCUCGCGCCUCUCCUUCGGCCUCUCGCAGGGGGCCCUGGUCCUCGGCAUCAGCCACAGCGGGACCACGUACCCGACCGUCUGGGCGGCCCGCGCGCUGCACCGCCGGCACGGCGAGCGCGCCAACCUCUUCGCCAUGUCGUCGCAGUUCGACACCGUCGCGGUGGCGGACUCGAUCGGGCACGACCUCAUGAAGCUCGAGUUCACGGGGUGCCUCUUCAGCACGAUGGCCGGGCAGCGCCCGUCGGAGCCCUCCACGGUGGCCACGCUCGCCAUGCACCACACGCUCUCGUGGCUGCUCUGCGUGUCCGCCGAGGUCGUGUCCACGGCCUUCCCGGCGGGCGCGGUCGCCUCGGGCGCCGCCCGGGCGACGAAGGCCGACCGCGGCAGGCCUUGGGUGGGGACGUGGGUGGACACGACAAAGGGCUUCUUCCACGGCGACGCCAUCCGCAUCGGGGAGAGCUCGUGGCACCUGGAGGGGUCCAGGGACCACGUCCACAGCAGGUCCGUGUUCGCCAUCGGCCGGUCCUCGGAGGACGGGGUGCAGCUGAUCGAGUCGUUCCCGGACGGAUCGGAGCACGUGUUCGACGUCUCCUGCGAGGGGGAGCGCCUGAGGGUCGUCCUCGCGGGCGCUCGGAGCUCUGCUGGUGGCCUCGGCCCAGAGGCGGGCGCCGGCCCCGUCGGCGGCAGGUCGCUCGCGCUCCAGGGCGAGCCGGGCGAGCCGCAGGAUCGGCUUCUUUCUGCCUCUCAAGGUGGCCCUGCCAGCCCUCACGCUCAGGGCCUCAGACGUCCGCGACAUGCCGCGCCUGCUGCAGGCUCUGCUGCCCGCGGCGGAGGAGCUGUGCGGCGCGAGCAGGGCGGGCGUGGUGGCGGAGAGGCCCUCGGAGCUGCGGUCGAGCGUCUUGCUCGUCGGCCGGUACCUGGCGUCCCACCUGAUGGAGGCACGGUGGUGGAUUCCUUGCUGCUUUCAGCCGUGUACGUCUACAUCACGGUGACACUUGGAUACCCUUUGUUCAGCGCCGCGUGGGGUCACAUAGGCGACAUUGCUACAUUCGACGAUUAUCCAGACGAGUGGUGGUGGGUGGCCAUCAGUUACAUCGCGGCGCAUCUCGAUGCCCAUCUCUAUGUCUUCAUGGGCGCUUGCUUGGCCACGGCACACCGACUCUGCACUGGCCGCCGCCUUUUCGUGCGCUAUUCUGGGAAGACGUUGGUCAUAGUCGAUUGCACGGUCAAUUACAAGCUGCUCCGCGCCUAUGUGUCCAAGUUGCGUGCGCUUGCAUUCCGGUUCACCACGUUUGGCGUUCUGGGCCAGAACGGCGAGGAUCACUUCGUGCAUGAGAUGACCCACCUGACCACGUCCGAUGUGAUCAUUCUCGCUGGCCGCGCCGACGGUCGCCUCGGGACGCUUGCCUCCAUGGAGGCCGCCAGCAUCAUGUCCCUGCAGCAGGCGCGCUUCAUCGCUGCGAACCCGAACACGGGCGUUGAGAUCGUGUCCGUCGGGCACAACCCUUGGAUGAAGCCCGGCCUCUUCCAGAAGUCUGUCACGCUGUCCUCUGAGCACAGGCCAGCGUUCUAUUCUCAGAAGCUGCUGCGCAGUGAGUUUGGUGGGCACGCUCCUGCGGACGUGAUGCAUGGGGUUGCCAUGCUCGUCGAGGGGGACUUGAGCGGUGCCAGCACGCGAGGCAACGAGGCUCCGUUCCAGGAUGUGCGGAUUGAAGACAUCAAGCAAAAGAUGAGGUCCCAAACGAUAGAUUUCGAUGAUGCCCAAGUUGUCAUAAGCGAAUUCGUCAAAGAGUACUCGACAGUUUUGGAUAUCGAGCCUGAGGACUUCGACAUCACGCAGGUUCUCGACGACGACGUUGCAGUGCAUCUGACAAGCUCGCAGGUCCGGAAGGGCAGCAGAACCAUCCGCGGACACGCUCCACAAGCGGCAUCUGCAAUAGCGACUAACAUGUGCGACACGGUGGUGAAGAAGUUGAGCCCCGUCAAGUUCUUCGCCCGGCAGGAAUCCACUUUGUCUCAGCAUCCUCCUCAGAAUGAGCAGCCGCAGCGCGAGGAUUCGAGGUCUUCGGGAAUUUUUAGCAAUGGGAGUGAGAUGGCUACACUAUGCCAGGGUCCGGAGACGUUCAGUACCAGAAGUCCCAGUUCUAAGAGGAAGACCGGCGUCUUCAAGUUCACCGCCUCGAACAUCAUGGUGGUGCUCCGCGGUCGCAAUAUGGAGAAGAUCAUCGCGCAGAUGCAGCUGGACCAGCAGAAGAGGUUUGCGCUGGCCAGGCACAACAUGGGCGACGUCGCAGGAAAUGCCUGGAGCGUACUGAAGGCAUGCUACGAGGAGUGGGCUGACUUCGUGGCGAAGAGGGGUCAGGAGCGUGCCGACAGGCAGACGGAGAACUUGGCCUCCUGCAUGGCCGAGGUGAACGCGACACAGCCCCUCGCGCUGCCGAAGCAGGCGGCGUGGCGGACGCAGGAGGAGUUCCGGCAGCGGAAACGCCAGUGGAUGAUGCACUACAGCGCGUUGCCGUUCUCGAUGCCUUACUCGACCCACCGGUGCUUCGACUUGUGGAGGGAGAACGUGGAGACCAUGAAGGCCCAGACGGCCAUGAGCGAAGCCCCAACCUCCAAGGUGGGCAGCAUGCGGGGCAUGCAGAGCCUCGGCUCGCGCAUGUUCGGCCAGGCCAGUUCGAUAAAGCACAGCACGAGCAAGACCUACAGCCCGACGAAAAAGCACAGCCCGAGCAAGACCUACAGCCCGACGAGAAAGCACAGCCCGAGCAAGACCUACAGUCCGACAAAGAACAACGGUAACAGGCUGACCUGGGACAGCGCCACCAGGAAGACUUCGAUGCUAGACCCCGCAGGCACCCAGGACGCCGUGAUCGGCGAGCAGAGCGGGUCCAAGGCCCGCGUCAAGAAGGGCGCUGGCGGCAAGCACAUGAUCGCCGAGCUCGGCUACAUGGAGGGCAUCUACGAGACGCGCGUCGCCGCCGCGGAGAGGCUGCUCGCCUUCUACGUCCUCUUCCACGCGGCCGUGCGCCCCGUCUCGCGCCUCUGGGGCCUCAGCUUCGACAUGGACCGCAGCGAGUCCAGGCUCCGCGUCGCCUCGACGCCCGCGCCCGUGCCCUUCGUCGAGAGCAUGGACGCCGACGGCCUGGGCCACGACGGGGCGGCUCCCUCGGCCGACCCCUCGGCUGCCCAGCGGGCCUCGGACGACGCGGGCGGGUCCGAAGACGCCCGGCGGGCCUCGGUCGAGACCUCGUACGACGCGGGCGCGUCCAAGCCAGAUUGGACCGAGAGCUCGGACUCCAGCACAGUGGGCAUCUGACGAGCAGCUCGGCUGGGGCCACGGUGGGGGUCCCCUCACCGUCGGACUUUCGGGCCAUCGUUCCUUGGCGGCCUCGUUCGGAGUCGGCCUUUUCUGGCAGCCUGCUGAUAUAACUACACUUCAAGAGUUUCCAGAGCUUAGUGUCUCGAUGAUUGGGCCAUGAUUCACAGAAGGAAAAACAUAGAAGAAUGGUAACAUGCGACAGUAUAGAAGGAAAACUUACGCGACGGAUGCAGCAAUACAAGGUCGCUGAUUGGACCAUGGCUUACAAAAGGAAACAUGGCAUGGGCACAGAGAGUCAUCAACAUGGAAGCUUCAGAAUGGCCGACACAGGUGGUAAAUUGGACUCCACAUCUUGAUCUGGUCUCGUCAGCCCGCCGACGCCCAGGGCGUCCAAAAAACUAUGUGUGCAGACAGCUAUUGGAACUAUGUGUGGACAGACGAUACCAAACAAUGUGUGCAGACAGCUAUUGGAAACAACAGAUGGGUACAAGUGGCAAAAUCACCAACCUGGGGUGGGCGUAGGCCCCCCCCCUCCAGCCGCUCCCUCGCGGAGCCAUGCAGCCGGAAUGGAGUUCCAAAUCGCUCGCUCUAGAGGUGGGGGGGGACUCCAGAUUUGAUGAACAUCUUGAACUUGGGAUAAGUUCUAUUCGUUCAGCGAAAGCUAUAUGAACUAAUGACAAUAAAUGUGGAUAUAGUUUACUGCUCGUGUGAAUUGAGCCAAAGUGCGAACGACAGUACACACACUUUAAACGGAGAA